AAUUUUAGAAAUGGUUUCAAACCUGGAUGUGAUUCGCUGUAUUUCUCAGCCUGCUCUCCUACAAUUCAACAAGCAACAAAUGCAAGGGAGAGAGGAAGAGUCCGUCAGAAAGUAUUAGAAAAGACAGAAAAAAAUAGAUUGUUGUUGAAAAAUUACAAUACAGCAUAUAAACAGCCAUAGAUAAAACGGGGAACCAUUCCAACGCACUUUUAUUUUGUUUUGCAUGCUAGAUACGGUAGCUCCUUCCACGAUAUGCUUGUGACUGCUAAGCUAGCUGACUUGCUAAGCUAAGUAGCUUGCUCAGUUCUAUCUUCUAAAAUACAUUUUCAAAUUUCGGUAAAACCCAAUUCAAGUGUACAUUACCAUCUGCAUUCGUGGUAAUCUAACGAAGGGAUGAGUGCUGUGCAGUGUAUAUGACCAGCUGUCUCCAGCCUGAUGGGAGGACUCUGUGGAUAGCAGCACCUUCAUCAGGACCCCAGGAGGAGAGCAGCCAUCCCGUCCCAGUCUCAUGUCCCACGUCCUUCCCCUGCCAAGGAGGGCCGUUCAGAAUGAAGAAAAUCAGCCUUAAGACCAUCUGCAAGUCCCUCAACAUCAACAAGGGCAAGGAAGAAGGAGGGGGGGAUUUUGUCAUGCUCCAUCAGCCCUCGCCAGCGGUCGACUUCUCCAAGGAGGACUCUCUUUUCAGGGGCUGCUACACCAAAGAGCUGGUGGGCUGCGACCUUGGAGGUGGUGGUGAAGGAGUUGAAGAAGAGGAGAAGGCGGGACACAACAAGGGCCGCUCUAAGAGCGAGAGUCUGAUGGGUUCUCUGAAGAGGAGGCUGUCGGCCAAGCAGAAGGCCAAAGUCAAAGGGGGCUCCACAGCCAUGGGGUCAGUUGAUGAUGACGAUACCUUCUCCUCCUCCUCUGUGCCCAUCAGCUUCAACGAGGUCAAGGCCCAGCGGCCAUUACGGUCGGCAUCCCUCCGCAGCCACCAUUACAGCCCCUCUCCCUGGCACCUGCGGCCUGUGAACUCAGACGAAGCCUGCAUCAAGAUGGAGGUGAAAGUUAAAGCCAUGGUCCACUCUCCGAGCCCCAGCCCCAACCUGAAUGGUGUGCGGAAGGAUUUCCACCACCAGGACUUCCAGAUGGAGGGCAUCUUUCAGGAGCAGGCCGUGAAGAACCUCCAGGAGCAGGCAGAGUCCCUGAAGAACCUCCAGCAGCCCCAAAACGGUGACCAGCUGCACCUGAACAUUGACGAACACGUGCCUGUAGUCUUGGGCUGCACGCCGCAGGACUACAUCCAGUACACCAUGCCUUUAGAGGAGGGAAUGUACCCAGAGGGGUCCCACUCUGUCUCCCACUCCUUCUGCCUGGACGGGUCCCUGCCUAUGGAGGUGGCGACUGAGGCGGACAGUAGCUCUCUCCACGCUGACCAGCAGAGUCAGGAAGACCAGGAUCUGGUGAGUAUGAACCUGAACCUGCCAGCGGACCUCUUCAUGGAGUCUGUGAACGGCCUCCUCAUCGGCUCUAACGGCGUGAUGCUCCAGAGCUCCAGGGACAGGGUCGAUGCCCAUCAACACCCCCCUCCUCCCCCCCUCUCUCCCCUCCUGCCCUUGCUACCCAGCAAUGAGAUCCUCCGGACUUGCUCCAGGUUCAGUGGUGCGUACAGCCACGUGGCGGAGCGGGUGAGGCACCACUUAAACUUUGACCCCAACUCGGCUCCGGGCGUGAGCCUGGUGUAUGACUCAGUCCAGAGCAGCGGACCCAUGGUUGUGACCAGCCUGACCGAGGAGCUGAAGAAGCUAGCCAGGCAGGGUUGGUACUGGGGGCCCAUCACACGCUGGGAGGCUGAGGAGAAGCUGGUCAACCUGCCUGACGGCUCGUUCCUGGUCAGGGACAGCUCGGACGACAGGUACCUCCUCAGCCUUAGUUUCCGCUCUCAGACCAAGACCCUCCACACCCGCAUCGAACACUCCAACGGACGCUUCAGCUUCUACGAGCAACCCGACGUGGAGGGACACACGUCCAUCGUAGACCUGAUAGAAUACUCCAUAAAAGAUUCGGAGAAUGGAGCCUUCUGUUAUUCUAGAUCUCGCUUACCAGGGUCCGCCACCUAUCCCGUCAGGCUGACCAAUCCCGUGUCUCGUUUUAUGCAAGUGCGCUCCCUGCAGUACCUGUGUCGGUUCGUGAUCAGACAGUACACCAGGAUUGACCUGAUUCAGAACCUGCCUUUGCCCAACAAGAUGAAAGACUACCUGCAGGAGAAGCACUACUGACAUGGUUGACACUGACAUGAGAUGUGACAGACAAUGGUAGCAACUUGCACUUUUGGGUUCAGUUUAAGAGAUUUAACAAAGGUUUACAGACAUCCAUCGUUUAGAGAAGAUCGAUUGGGUUUCAUUGGCUCUUUGUUUUUGCCCAGGGAAGUGUCCAAAAUGGAACCCUAUUCCGUAUGUUGUGCAGUACUUCUGCCAAAAACACUGGCUAUAAGUAGUGCAAUAAAUUGGGAAAAGUGAGCCAGUUCAGAUUUGCCCCAAGUGAUGUUUCUCCGUGUCCAAUCCCCAAUUCCACAGUUAAAGGGUUAAGUCGCCGUCGCUCAGACUCAGUUUCUGGCCAAACCUCCAGAGAUCUAUCAUAGAAUAUUGUAUACGAAUCUGUCACAGAAGUACAAAGCAUAAUUUAACAAAACAUACUUUAUCAACAGUGAGAUAUGGAGUUAUUUCUCUCUCCAGUUGCUGUAGAAGACUGGAAACGCUAGAAUGGCAAGUUCAGCCUUCUGAAUAACAUCAAUAUUUAGCUUUCUGGCUCAAAUUUACAGAUUUUAAAAUAAGGUUUCACUUAACUGGCUUAGGUUUGACAUCUUAAAAGGCUGCAGUGAAUGAAAUGAAAGAAAUAUAUGGGCUGAUUAUAGGGCGUGAUCCUUUUGACUCUUCAUUUAAACAUUUACUUGAAAGAUAUCCAACAACAACGCAGUGGGGCAUAUCUUCGGCGUCUUAAACAAACUAAAGUAGAAGCACUGCAAUGCAGAGGCCAAAAGUAUUUUUUAGCAAUGUUUUUGUCCUCUUAAUUUCUAAAUUUCACAGGGUGAAUUCAACCUUUUUUUAUUUGCCAUCCAUCAAGUUGGUUAAUGACAACUGCUAGGGCUAAUAAGAAAUGUAAGCUUUGUGUGGGUGCAUGUAGCCUAGACUAUUUCAUCCCGCCCAUUAUAAAAGUACUGUUAGGAUUAGUGAUGCACCGAUAUGACAUUUUUGGCCGAUACAGAUAUCUGAUAUUUUCCUUAACAAAAAAACACUGAUACCGAUAUUUCAACUUUUUGCUGCCUUUUUAAGCAUUCUAGUACAAUUAAAUAGUUAACACACACACACACAUGGGCGCAGCUGUCUAAGGCACUGCAUCUCAGUGCAAGAGGUGUCACUACAGUCCCUGGUUCGAAUCCAGGCUGUAUCACGUCCGGCUGUUAUUGCGAGUCCCAUAUUGCGAGUCCCACGUCGUCUGGGUUUGGCCGGGGUAGGCCGUCAUUGUAAAUAAGAAUUUGUUCUUAACUGAUUUGCCUAGUUAAAUUAAGGUUACCCGCACACACACCACUGACCAAAAAGUUAUUUUGUUGGCAUUCACGUACAGUGGGGAGAACAAGUAUUUGUUACACUGCCGAUUUUGCAGGUUUUCCUACUUACAAAGCAUGUAGAGGUCUGUAAUUUUUAUCAUAGGUACACUUCAACCGUGAGAGACGGAAUCUAAAACAACAAAAAUGCAGAAAAUCACAUUGUAUGAUUUUUAAGUAAUUAAUUUGCAUUUUAUUGCAUGACAUAAGUAUUUGAUACAUCAGAAAAUCAGAACUAAAUAUUUGGUACAGAAACCUUUGUUUGCAAUUACAGAGAUUAUACGUUUCCUGUAGUUCUUGACCAGGUUUGCACACACUGCAGCAGGGAUUCUGGCCCACUCCUCCAUACAGACCUUCUCCAGAUCCUUCAGGUUUCGGGGCUGUCGCUGGGCAAUACGGACUUUCAGCUCCCUCCAAAGAUUUUCUAUUGGGUUCAGGUCUGGAGACUGGCUAGGCCACUCCAGGACCUUGAGAUGCUUCUUACGGAGCCACUCCUUAGUUGCCCUGGCUGUGUGUUUUCGGGUCGUUGUCAUGCUGGAAGACCCAGCCACGACCCAUCUUCAAUGCUCUUACUGAGGGAAGGAGGUUGUUGGCCAAGAUCUUGCGAUACAUGGCCCCAUCCAUCCUCCCCUCAAUACAGUGCAGUCGUCCUGUCCCCUUUGCAGAAAAGCAUCCCCAAAGAAUGAUGUUUCCACCUCCAUCCUUCACGGUUGGGAUGGUGUUCUUGGGGUUGUACUCAUCCUUCUUCUUCCUCCAAACACGGCGAGUGGAGUUUAGACCAAAAAGCUCUAUUUUUGUCUCAUCAGACCACAUGACCUUCUCCCAUUCCUCCUCUGGAUCAUCCAGAUGGUCAUUGGCAAACUUCAGACGGGCCUGGACAUGCGCUGGCUUGAGCAGGGGGACCUUGCGUGCGCUGCAGGAUUUUAAUCCAUGACGGCGUAGUGUGUUACUAAUGGUUUUCUUUGAGACUGUGGUCCCAGCUCUCUUCAGGUCAUUGACCAAGUCCUGCCAUGUAGUUCUGGGCUGAUCCCUCACCUUCCUCAUGAUCAUUGAUGCCCCACGAGGUGAGAUUUUGCAUGGAGCCCCAGACCGAGUGUGAUUGACCGUCAUCUUGAACUUCUUCCAUUUUCUAAUAAUUGCGCCAACAGUUGUUGCCUUCUCACCAAGCUGCUUGCCUAUUGUCCUGUAGCGCAUCCCAGCCUUGUGCAGGUCUACAAUUUUAUCCCUGAUGUCCUUACACAGCUCUCUGGUCUUGGCCAUUGUGGAGAGGUUGGAGUCUGUUUGAUUGAGUGUGUGUACAGGUGCAGUUAAUACAGGUAAUGAGUGGAGAACAGGAGGGCUUCUUAAAGAAAAACUAACAGGUCUGUGAGAGCUGGAAUUCUUACUGGUUGGUAGGUGAUCAAAUACUUAUGUCAUGCAAUAAAAUGCAAAUGAAUUACUUAAAAAUCAUACAAUGUGAUUUUUCUGGAUUUUUUUGAUUCCGUCUCUCACAGUUGAAGUGUACCUAUGAUAAAAAAUUACAGACCUCUACAUGCUUUGUAAGUAGGAAAACCUGCAAAAUCGGCAGUGUGUCAAAUACUUGUUCUCCCCACUGUAUGUCCCUAUUACCAGUAAAACGUGAUCAAAACCUAUUUCUUUCACUUACUUGAUGUGCUGUUUCAUUGUUAAUUUGUUCAUUCCUUUCAUUCUCAACCAGGAUUUCUAUGGAACGCCAUUUGGGUCUUUGCGUGUCAAAAAAUAUACUAUUUGAUGUGUCAAAUAAGUUUGUUUACCAAUCAGGACUUGAAUAUGACUGCACGUCACAUAAUAAUUUAAUGCGUUCAUACAUUUUCUACAUAGUUAUUACACAUUGAUUACACUAUCACUCGUAUUUCAUAUGUCAUAACGAUUCAUCGAUACGUAUGCUAUGAUGCUGGUAAAGUUGAUUCGCGCACCUACAGUGCUGGUCAUUUAAAAAAAAGCUAGCCAUCUCAUGGAUGCAAACAAUGUUCUUCCUCAAAAACAGCAAAACGACAUCUGUUUCAGUAGCUAUAGUUAGCUAACUAUAUAGGUAGGUGUCAUCAUUAAAAUAACCCUAUUUGAUUAAUGGUGGUCGGACCCAUCUAUGUGAAGCUAGCCACAAUAAAGAUUAGUCACAAUAGUUGACUUUGCGGUUAGCCUUUAAAAUAAUAGUAUGGCAUAAUUCUACUAUUUUUAUUCAUUUGCAUCACUGUCAAUGACAUACUUUUAUUUUGAAGGCAAACCGCAAAUUCCACUUGUGCAUAAUCCUUAUUGUGGCUAGCUUCACAACACAUAACCCGGUCCAGUCGAGCUUCACUAGCCAGAUGAAGUUAGCUGGCUGCUUAUAACGUUAGCUUUGGGCAACAGGGUUAAGUAGCUGGCUAGCUAUUUAUUUUCAGGAACUGAGGUUCAAUUUCAAUAGGCGAACAACAAGUGGCAUCCUAGCUAAUACUUAUUCACAAGUAUUCCUAAAUCAUUGCUGAGAAUAAUGAGAUUGACUGCAGUUUCUACUGGUCAUUGUUUUGAGCCUGGUGGUAUUGGUGCUAGCUAGGUACCAAGCUAAAGCUAGCUACCCCAGAAGUUGCGGUCGAACAAAUGAGGCUUUAUUACCAACGCGGUAUUGUAAAAACAUAGUUCGUGGCUGGUGUUUGCUGACUUUUUUGUACAGUUUUCACAGUGCUACUGCAUAUUUUUUGAGACGCAAAGACCCAAACGGCGUUCCAUAGUAUGUAUGUCUUGAAGCUAAUAGCAGUGAAGAUAUUACUGUGUAACUCCGGUAGGGCAACAUCGGAAAAAUAGCGCACUUGGUAGUGUUAACCGGUGCUCGACCAGUCGACGAAAGUCAACAUCACCCACGACAGAGAACGGUUGAUUGUUGAGGGCAAUGAAUUCCAUUAUCUUGGCUUUAAUUGAUUUCGCCUUUGAGUUGUCUCGCUGAAAUUUUGUUACUCUUUCAAAUGACUGCUUGACUUGUUGAUCCACACAGCAGACAUUCUGGGCUAGUUUAGGAACGCUGUGUUGCACGUAUAGUGCAAAAAGUCAUGUACCUUCGUUAUAUAGGUAUGCACGUCAGCUUUGACAUUGGUUUUGCACAUCGGGCGCUUAAACUAGACAUCGUCCGAUACCGAUGUUGGCAUUUUUAGCUAAUUCUGGCCGAUUCCGAUAUGUUCACCGAUAUAUUGUGCAUCCCUAGUUAGGAUAGAUAAAUGCUAGUUUAUAUGUCGCCAUGCACUUCUACUUAAUAUUUAUGCAGCAGUAUGAUGGCUUUUAAAAUGUAAAUACCAGUAAGUAAUGAAUAAUUAACCUGAAGAUAAACAUUUAAAUGCUUCCCUAUUAGGAGUCUGUCACAAAAGCUGCAUUAGGACAAUUGAACGUGUCAUGUUCAGUACAAUAUGCUUGGCUCUGCGUGCAGGAACUACUUUUGAACUGUUAAAUACAGUAGACUGUAGAGACUUAGACCUUAUCACAGUGCACAGGAUAGGGAAGUAUAACUACAAGUAAAAAGGGAAAGUCACAAAUACAUAGUUGUUUUUACAGCAGCAUUUAUCAGUAAGCAAAUUGAGGAAACACAAGACGUUUUGCCCAGCUGACCCAUUUAUUUGUAUAGAAAGUGUCUAAAUGCUGUUCUGGAGCCUUUUUGUGUCAACAUAUGAGCUGGACCCUGGUGAAAGGAAUAAGCUUAGGCUGAGGGAUUUUGGGAAAUGCCAGAAUAGGUUAAUAUUGGAGCCCCUUCCUCAUAUUUGGGAGGGAGCCAGGUCAGAGGUACAUGACAGAAUUCCCAACUCCGUAAUGGCACAGUAAUGUCCUGCUCGGUAGAGAAUGAGAUCGAGGCUUUUGUGUGUGGUUUGCCCUAUGAUUUGCAUGAGUGAUGUCACUGAUUGCCAUUGCCAUGCUGUCUGUCUCACACUCAUGGCAGUUUUACAGUUUGACAUUUAAAAAUGUAUGCAGUGUCAUACUUAUUGUCAAUGCCCCCUCCACAGAACAAUGUUAACUUACAUAUUCACAGUCUUGCCAGGCUGUUUGUAUUGGAACAAAGGGGAAAAGCACACAGUAUACUACACAAGUGCUCUAUAACAUAUACUUAAACAGGGAGUCACAGUUUUACAUAUGUCAAAGUGUCUUUUUUGAUAUCCGUGUCCUUAAAGUAUUUGGAAAAUGAUCUCAGACGUCUUUGGUAGUCACUUGUGUAUUGUUAGUUAGUAAAUAUCUGUUGGUAUCUAAGGUGCUUACCAUUACACCUGGACACUCAUAGGUUAGAUUGGAUCACUGGAUGGUUUUUGCAUGUUUAAAAAAGUGUUGCAUAAAGACUUAUUGGCAUUUUAUUGCUUUUGAAAUGGAUUAGGAAUGUAGGUAAUGUGUCAAUUGUGUGUGGAGGGAUUGUUGUACUCAGUUAUCACUAUCAUCUCACCAGCUGGAUGACCUGUGUUUUCUUAAUUCAUUUCCUGUGACUUAUCAACUUUUGUCAUUUUGGGAACUAGUAGGGAGUUUCUUAUUGUUUCUAACAGUCUGUGCCAGAUACUAAGAGGUUACACCAGGGUAAUGGCUGUAUGCUUGUUUUAGCAAUGCAACAUCUUUUGAACCAUCUAAAACAAAGUAAUCUACACUUGCUCAAAGACAAAGACAUCUUUUUUUGCAUGGUUUUCACCAUACUAAGACAUUACAUACUGUUCACGGGUAACUCUCAAUUGUUUCCCUUAACUAAUGUUGUCACUCGAAUGGCAACAUUGAAAAAUGUCACAACAGUCCAACGUAAGGUUUGUCACAAGAGCACAUGAAUUGAACUCAUCUGUUGUGUUGUGUCUAUGGGUUACAAAGGGUGAGACACCAGCGUCAUAUUCGAAGAAUAUUGCUAGAUUAUGGAGGCAUGAAGACAACUAGAAUGUGUCAAAUUGAAGAAAACUUAAAUGUGAAAUGAAGAUGUUAAUUGUUUGACUACAAUGUACUUAUAAUUGUUUUAUUUCUGUUUUUAUCUGCCAUUAUUGUAGCAGAUCCAGAAAAACAGGUCCCCAAUUGGAUAAACACUCACUGAGAUGUUAUUGGUGUUUCUCUGCUGUGAUCUUCUCUAGUCCUUCAGCAUCCUGGGAUUUAUUUUGUUCAUUAUUAUUCUGAGUUACUGCCUUCUUAUGGGUGAUUUUUAGAGGUUGACGCUUGUUUAAACUGCUGAAGUAUUUUGAAUUCGUUAUCAAGCUUCACCCAUUUUAUAUUUGUUGAUGUUGCACAUCUCUGCAAAUGAAGGUGAUUGUUUACAAUGAUAUAUUUGGUAAAUACUAGUUUUAUCCCCUCCUAUCACAAACCUCUGGUACAAUUCAAAAACCCUUAUUUCUUUAAUGUGUUAUACACAUUUGUGCUGCUUCAUGAAUAUGAUUGCCUUGUAUUAAGCUAUGGGGAAAUAGAAUGUUGCCAUUUAAAUGUAUGUACACAUAAUGACUGGUUAUCAUUUUGGGAGAACAAAGUAGAUUUGCAAUUUGUGAACAACUAUAGUCUGUUAAAACAUAAUUCGUAGCUAUUAGUAAAUACUCACCAGAAAAAAAGACAUCACUUCAGUUUACAUUUUGUUAAUUGUCAAAUUUUCCAAAGUAUUUUUUUUUUACUCUUGUAUUUUCUUUCUUUUGUGGAAAAAAAUCUAUAGAUUAAUUGCACAUUUUGGAUACAGUUCAAGAAGUUUUUGUAUCUGCCGAUUUAUAAAUUGUAAAUAAAAACUAUAUUCCGAA